UGUGUUGCGUUUCAAACCGGAGAGGAGAAAACUUCUUUGAACGAAACAAUCUGAAAAAACAACGAUGUGGAGGCUGUUUCUCUUCCUUGUGGCUGAAACAAUCUGAAAAAACAACGAUGUGGAGGCUGUUUCUCUUCCUUGUGGCUGCCUUUGCCUCGUUUGGGAGUCUCGCUGGCUGUCCUAACAGAAGAUACCACAUUGUCACUGUUGACAUGGACUGGUAUACAGCUUUGCAACACUGCAAAAGUCUGAACAUGGAGCUGGUGAGCAUUCUGAAUGCAGAGGAGCAAGAGGCCGUAUUUCGCAUCUAUUCUCGUGUCGGCUCUGAUAUGUGGAUUGGGUUGAAAAAAGACUUCCAAAGCAAUUUCAAAUGGUCCUCAAAUGACCUCCCUAGCUAUCAGAAAUGGGCAUCAGGGCAACCAGAUAACUCUAAGCACUGUGGCACCAUGACAUCAUCUGGAGAGUGGAAAACCUUGACCUGUACAGAUAAUAAAAAUUUCAUUUGUGUUGCAGGACCAUCUGCACUGUGUGAUCAGAGGGAAUAUGUCUUAGUUAACACACCUUUAAACCAGCAGGCAGCCUUAUCCUACUGCAGACAAUAUCACACUGACUUGGUGAGCAUCACCAGCAAAGACGUCUUUCUAGACAUCGAACAGCUGACAACCAAAAACACUGAGCAGGACCACUGGAUCGGACUGAGAAAGAAUACAUCCACCGGUUCCUGGUUCUGGGAGAAUGGGGAAACUUUCAACUAUACAUAUUGGAAAUCAGACGAACCGAAAAACGAAUUGUGCACUAUAUUAAAAACCAAUGGAAAUGAUUUUGAGAACUGGAUCGUGAAUAAUUGUGACAAUCAGAAAUCCUUUAUCUGUUAUAAAGACAACUCCACUGCUGUUGAAUCCUCUUCUCAGAGCUCCAGUACUGCAAAGACACCAGGCAACAUCUCGGCUGCAGUGACACCAUUCUUUCAGGCAUCAACAGAAACAGAGAACAACUCCACUGCUGUUGAAUCCUCCUCUCAGAGCUACAGUACUGCAAAGACACCAGGCAACACCUUGGCUCCAGUGACACCAUUCUAUCAGGCACCAACAGAAACAGAGAAUGCUGUUCAAACCACCAAUCAGAGUGCCGACGUUUCCGUGACAAUAGAACACACAUCAUCUCUGACACCAACAGAAAAUAUUUCAGUCCCUGAGGAGCUCCACCUGAUCUCUGACAGUAUGGUCUGGCCGGAGGCUUGGCAGUACUGCAGGGAUCACUACACUGACCUAGUGAGCCUCACAAGCCUGGCUGUACAGAACAGAGUGUCGGAGCUCGUCAGGAACAGCACUGCGUCGCGAUUCUGGAUCGGCCUGCACAGAACCGUGGUGUAUGAUAAAUGGUACUGGGUUGCUGGUAACGAUAAGAGGGCCCCCCUAAACUACACUAACUGGGCCCCUGGGGAGCCCAACAAUCCUUACUAUGAGCACUGCGGGGAGAUGGUGCUGGGGGAGGAUGGGGGGGCCGAGUGGAAUGAUCUGUGCUGCUAUGAAAAGCUUCCCUUUAUCUGUUUCAAAGAGCUCUAACUGAUGAGGCGGCUGCUCUCCAAGUUGAAGAGUCUUCCAACGGAGAGAGUCCGACUGGAUGAUAUUAACAUAAUAUUUGGGAAUUUAUUUUAGAAUUGAUGCUCUCCUGAAAUGUAAAACCACCUAAACUCAUAUUUAGGUCUUAUUAUUAUUAUUAUUAUUAUUAUUAUUAUUAUUAUUAUUAUUAUUAUUAUUAGUAGUAGUAGUAGUAGUAGUAGUAUUAUUAUUAUUAUUAUUAUUAUUAUUAUUAUUAUUAUUAUUAUUAUUAUUAUUAUUAUUGUAAUAUAUACCGUCUCUUGGUUUCCCAUUUUAAAUGUCUUGUAUGAUUCAAUUCAGGAAAAUGCAGAUGUUUUAAUUGUAGCCAUCCUUCAGCAUGAAGGGGUGUUACUACAGAACUGUAUCUGUUGUGUGCCUGUAUGCCCAUUGCUAAUACUGACAGCCCUGAAUCUUGCCAUCUAAACUACAGUACUGUGCACAUUUAUUAGAACACACCAUUGCUUCUAGUAGAUUUGUUGUGCUUAUGAAAUCAAACCACAGUAACUGACCAUCUUGGGAAAUUGUCAAAAUAGGGCAAAUUAGUGAUUGUGUUGUAGAUAACAUCUUGUUUAUUUAUGAGUUGCGAAACUUUUUUGAAACUGAUGAAGCCUGAUUUUAAAGGAAGCAUUUAAUUAAGCAAAGUGGUGGUUCUAGCAGGGAACUCAUUUUAACCCUUAGAUCACGUAAACAUCAUGCAUAUUUUAGGUGCUUCCAAUACCAGAUCAAAAUCGUCAAUCAAAUAGCUAGUAUCUUAUUUGUCGUUCAAUAAACAAUACAUCCAGUGAUCGAAAAGGAAAGGAUUUCUAUCUUACCUCAAUCUAUUACAUCACUGCUGUGCACUAGAGUUCGCCUCUUCCUCCUCAGCCUCCACCUGCUUUUUGGCUUCGUCUAACGGGGGAGGGCAGCUGCCCCCCUGCCCAUGGCUUCCCUGCGGUCAACCUCUCCACUUAUCUGUGAGAUAAUUUAUGGGCAGGGGUUCCUCAAAAGGCGAGGCCAAAGGUAGUGUAACAAUAUGUAUAAUGUAGUAGUGUUGUCUAGUCUGAGCUUUAAUAAAUAAUCUAUUGCAUGAGUUUCCUGACUGUAGCUGUUUUUUACACAACCGACUCAUCAUAUUAGAUAUAAAAGUGUGGAUAUUUAAACUGUCUGAGUUGUGUUUGGUGCCCCUGAGCUCUGGAGGUUAUAUAGAGCUGUUUACUUCAUUCUUUUACAGCAGUUAGUCACUCCUAAUUGUUGGGUCCUCUUACGCACUGACUGUCCGUCUAUCUGCCGUGGUGCACCAAUCUUCACCAAACUUACAUUUCUAGCCUCUUAUAGACUUUUGGAUUGCAUCUGGCUAUAAUACGAGAAAAUCAAUUGCAUACAAAUAUCUUGAAUCUUUCAGGUAGGGCUCAAUUAUCAUGCGAUUAUGAGGACCCUCUCUACGUGCGUGCACUGAUUCAUCGUGUUCAUGUGACAAAAUAAGAAACACACAACUUGAAACUGCUUCAGUGCAGUCAGAAUGUCUGUAUCAAACCCUACCUGAAGUGAUGCAAACAAACUGGCAAGUCAACAGAGCAGGGUGCACAAAGCUAAACUAUGGAACAAUGUAGCUAUUUAACCAUAAAUGACAUAUAGUUUAACACAUCUUCCUUAAAAUAUAUAGACUGAAGUAAACACUUUGAGAAUAUGUGUGGUGUGGGUGCAGGGUAAAUUUAUUAUAUUUUUUUCUUAGGACUGUAUAGAUGAAAUUAAAUUCCCAUUUCCGUUGUCUUGGUUUUCAAUAAAGGAGCUUCUGAGCAUCAAUACAA